AUGAAAGUAUUUGUGUGUCUUCUGGCUCUGGCCACCACUUUGGCCACUACCAAUGCAGGACUCUUGGGUCUGCUGAAGGGUGGUGGCGGCGGUGGUUACUCCGGAGGUGGCUACUCUGGAGGUGGCUACUCUGGUGGUGGCUACUCUGGAGGUGGUUACUCUGGAGGUGGCUACGGCGGCGGUCACGGUGGCGGUGGAGUCCAGGUUGUCAAAGUUAUCAAUACCUAUGAGGGAGGACACGGCGGCGGCUAUGGAGGUGGCUACGGAGGAGGCGGCUAUGGAGGCGGUGGCUAUGGAGGAGGUGGUUAUAGCCACGGCGGUGGGUGGAACUCUGGAGGCUACGGAGGAGGCUACGAAGGUGGCUAUGGAGGUGGAUACGGAGGUGGCCACGGAGGUGCUUCCCGCGUCGAUGUCUACAAGGUGAUUACAACCACUCAUGGAGGUAGCUAUGGAGGUGGUUAUGGCGGUGGACACGGAGGCGGCUAUGGAGGUGGUUAUGGCGGUGGACACGGAGGUAGCUAUGGAGGUAGCUACGGAGGUGGUUAUGGUGGACAGUCCGGCUGGUGGAAGACGAAGUAA